AUGCUUUCUGGUGCGGGACGGGGUCAUUCUCAUCAACCUGGAAGCGUUCAAGGCCAUCGUGAAGCACAACAGCUUGAUCCUGUUCACCACGGAAACAGCACGCGGGACCGUUUUGCAGCAGUUCUGCCCCUUCCUCCAGUACCGUCUCACGUAUUUGGUGCUCACGUAGGGGGCGGAUUUGAGUUUCGAGUGGUGGAGGCCGUGCUGACAGUGCUCUGCGACACGCUGUACGAGCGCUAUGGGGAGCUGAAGGCCAGGAUUGACCACUUGCUGUUCGGGUUGGAACAGGCCACCAACGGGCAGGACGAUUACCUGCCCUUCCUCGCCGACCUUUCGCACCACAACAAAACGCUCAACUCUUUCCAGAAGCGAGUUCAC